ACGCUGCGGUGAGGGGAUCGUCGAUCAGGAGAAGAAGCUCGAGUGAAGGCAGGUUGAACUCAUCCUUGAUCGUCAUGCCGAGGGGGAGCCGAAGCCGAACGUCCCGGAUGGCGCCGCCCGCCAGCCGUGCUCCACCAAUGCGAUCAGCUCCAGCCGCAGCUCCGCGUGCUCCUGUCCCAGCUCCAGCCCCUGCUUCAGCAGUAGCUUCUCCUGCCCCCAGGCAGCCUGGCCUGAUGGCCCAGAUGGCCACCACAGCUGCAGGUGUUGCUGUAGGUUCUGCUGUGGGGCACACUCUAGGACAUGCCAUGACCGGGGGCUUUGGAGGUGGAAGCUCCGAAGCUGUCCGACCUGACGUCACUUACCAGGAGCCUCAAGCAGCCCAGCCUGCUGUGCAGCAGUCCCAAUACACGCCUUGCCAGUAUGAGAUGAAACAGUUCCUGGAGUGUGCUCAGAACCAGACUGAUCUGAAGCUGUGUGAAGGGUUCAGCGAGGUGCUGAAGCAGUGCCGAUUUGCAAAUGGUUUAGCUUAAUUUAAUUCUGGAGGAUCAAAUCUAGCUCCAUCACUGAGAGAUGCAUCGCAAGCAAACUUUUCUUUAACGUCUAAAAGCUCUCUGGCUUGUCUUUGUUUGUGAUCAGUUGUCCAUCUGACAAGAAAGCAUGAAGUUUCCAGCAAGAAGAAUGGUGGCAAUAAAAUCUAUUGCUUGUGGUUGGGAAAGUAGAAUGAUAUCCAAUUUUAGGAUUAUAUCACCUAUGUUAUUCCUAAUUGUGAUUGUGCAUGAUCCUCAGAAUAAAAAAUAAUUACUCUGGAAAA